AUGUCCCCAUCAUCGACAGGCGAAUCCGCUCACUCAAUCUCAAUCAACUCAGCCCGACCGUUCACCGUUCCCGCUCGCGACAGCUUCGCACUCGACCUUCCAAUGUCGUCACUUGCAACCAUGUCGGCCGACGCCUCACUCAAGUCCCCUAUCAGUUACAAAAAUCAGCGUACGCCCAGCUUCAGCAUGGUCACGUCUCAGAAAGCCCGCCACCUAUCGCAAUCCUCCGAUAAUAACAGACCUGACAAUAUGUCCAACGGCGGACAAAAGGUCUCCAGCGACGAGGGCUCGAACCCACUCAAGAGGAGAAAUACAGAAACCGGGGUCGAUUAUCCCCGCCGCAGGGCUACCAUUGCUUGUGAGGUUUGCCGUUCGAGAAAGUCGCGGUGCGAUGGAACAAAACCCAAGUGCAAGCUCUGUACGGAGCUCGGCGCUGAAUGCAUCUACCGAGAACCAGGAAUUAAGCUCGACGCUGGUGACAAGCUUAUUUUGGAGCGCCUCAACCGCAUUGAAAGCCUUCUUCAGAUGAGCAUGGUAAACACAACAGCAAAUGGACUUGGCCUGACUGAAAACUCACCUGGAAUGAGCAACGGCACCGGGCUCGAUGGCGACAACCUGAUCCUGUCAGCCAAUGCGGCCACGUUCAGCUCUAUCCCCAAUGGCGGGUUUGGGACUUGGUCGGCGCAACCAGUGGGAACCAACAUCUCUACCAUGCCCAAAGUGCAUACCAAUGCCGCCAUGCAUCUACUACAAUGGCCUCUUAUCCGAGAUUUAAUUUCUCGGCAAUGCGAUCCUCAGGUUCUUCUACAAUUGGAAAUGGCGCGAGAACCGCUUCACACUCUUACGAAAACGCCAUGUGUGGACUUGUCGAAUACUCAAGCAUAUAUCGAGGCCUAUUUUGAGAGGGUCAACAUAUGGUACGCCUGCGUGAACCCAUAUACUUGGAGAAGCCAAUACCGAACCGCCUUGUCCAACGGAUUCCGAGAGGGGCCAGAGAGUUGUAUCGUGCUCCUUGUUCUUGCUCUGGGCCAAGCAAGUUUACAUGGUAGCAUAUCCAGGAUUCUCCCGCACGAAGAUCCCCCAGGUCUACAAUACUUUACAGCAGCUUGGUCAUUGCUUCCGGGAUUGAUGACUGCCAACAGUGUGGUGGCGGCGCAAUGCCAUCUCUUGGCUGCUGCGUACCACUUUUACCUUGUACGACCUAUGGAGGCAUGGAACCUGCUUUGCACUACAAGCACCAAACUGCAACUCCUUCUCAUGGCUCCUAGUCGCAUUCCCAGUCACCAGCGAGAGCUCGUGGAGCGCAUUUACUGGAACGCUUUACUCUUCGAAAGCGAUCUUCUUGCAGAACUCGACUUGCCCCAUUCGGGUGUGGUCCAGUUCGAGGAGCACGUCGGCCUUCCAGGCGGAUUCGAAGGAGACGAGUCGGAGCAAGUCGGUCGAGAUGAGCUCUGGUACUUCUUGGCGGAGAUUGCUCUCCGUCGUUUACUGAACAGAGUCAGCCACCUCAUUUACUCCAAGGACUCUAUUGCAAAUACACAGAGUCUAGACCCAGUUGUCGCGGAACUCGACUACCAAUUGAGUCAGUGGUACGAGAGUCUGCCAUUGCCACUGCAGUUUCCUUUUACCCGAAACGCCCUUCAGGACCCUGUCCAGACAGUACUUCGCCUCAGAUUCUUUGCUUGCCGCACCAUCAUUUACCGGCCGUACAUUCUAGCCGUGCUAGAUAACGAGCAGCAGGUUCUGGAUCCCGCCGUGCGGGAAAAUUGCCACAAAUGCUUGGAGGCUUCUCUUCGCCAGUUGGAGCAUAUACACGAACACCAUGCUGGACAUAUGCCAUAUAUCUGGCAAGGAGCUUUGUCGAUGGUGUCUCAAACCCUGCUUAUUAUGGGUGCCACCAUGUCACCAUCACUUCUCAAUAUAUUGCUUACAUUGGUGCCAAGUCGUGAGGCGCUAGACCAGAUUAUCAACGAUGUGGUAAUGGAAGUCGAACGAUACGCGACUCUGGCCCCAAGCUUAAGCCUGGCCUCCGAAAUGCUCAAAGAGGCUGAGGUGAGAAGGCGCGCAUUUCUCGGCACUCCGUAG